AUGUCGACAUUCGACGGUGUCGUGCCCGAGUUCGUUGACAUACGCAUCGACCGCUUCUUGAAGAGUCAGUCGGCAAGGCCACCGCUCGCCACCUUUCUUAGCCAUGUCCACACCGAUCAUCUUGUUGGUCUUGACGCUUACAGAUCUCCGUUCAUUUACUGCUCCGCCGCGACGAAGGAGAUUCUACUGAAGCUCGAGAAGUACCCGGAUCGCAUGAACUUUGCCAACGGCAUACUAGAGAAGCGCAUACGCCGAUUCGAGCAUUUGAAGACCGUGCUUAGAGCAAUACCACUCGAGACGCCGACGACCAUCGACUUGGCUCUAGGGCAGUCUAUCCGCGUCACGCUCUUCGAUGCCAAUCAUUGCGUCGGCGCGGUUAUGUUCUUGAUCGAGGGUGACGGAAAGGCAAUCCUAUACACUGGCGACAUAAGAUCCGAGGCCUGGUGGGUCAACAAUCUCAUACGCAACCCUGUCCUUCUUCCGUACGUGACGAGCACCGAUCAGCCACCACUCAAGCGUCUUGACAAGAUCUAUCUCGACACUACCUUCGCGAGCAAGGUCAGUCGGUACCACCAGUUCCCUUCUAAGGCUUCGGGAACAAUGGAGCUACUCAGGAAAGUCUCACAGUACCCAAAAGAUACAGUUUUCUACCUUCAUGCGUGGACAUUUGGUUACGAAGAAGUGAUGCACUCCCUCGCAGCUUUUCUUGGCUCUCGUAUCCACGUGGACAGGUACAAAUAUGGCGUGUACAAGUCGCUCAGGCAAAGCGACGAGUCCAAAGCCACAGAGGCAUUCAGCUUGAUAGGGACUCAAGUCGGAAAUGUGUAUCACAGAGGCUGUCUUACGACGGAACAGAACGAUCAAUGUCGUAUCCACAGCUGCGAGAAAGGCACCGCCUGCGAUAUCUGGCAGAAACGUAAGUACCGCAUGUGGGUUUGUGUGAUGUUGCUGACCAGAUAUAGCAUUUGUCCGAAUCACCCCGAUUGUCUCCAGACUUCCGAAUGGGCAGGAGAUGGGCGAGGUUGGAGCUGGCGGUGGUCAGAACGACCUCACUCGGCAGGUGUCGCUGGACGUGAGCAAUGGUGCUGUCUAUGGCUUUCUGAUGAAGCUUUGCUUCUCAGAGCUGAAGCAACAGCCGCAACUCCGCGACAAGGUCUUGCAAAUGCUCAACGAUACUACCGAAGGUUCUGAAGAUGCCGCAAUCAUCACAAUCGAUUUAGCGGACGUGAUAGGUCAGCGUUCCGACCAUGAGGGCUCUUCCAGCCCAGAAAGUGGCAAUUCAUCAGGUCAAGUGCCUCUGAGAAGCAUCGUCCUUGCUCUUGCGAAACGUGCGGCAUCGAUCGCAGCACCAGCAACUGGAAUGGAACCCACAGUUACCGAGCAAGGUUUGCCCAAGCAGAUCACCUUCCCGUUCUCGCGUCAUUCCUCAUACAGCGAACUCUGCCUGCUGAUUGGGGCCUUCAGGCCCAAAGAUAUCCACCCUUGCACAGUGGACGAACAGAACUGGCACUCAACUCACUCCAUGAGCCAUCUUUUCGGACACCUAUAUGACACAGUUGCGACUUUCGGACACGACCAGUUGAUGCUACAGCGACAGGCUGCAGCUGAGGAUAAGGAUCGUGCAGAUGCAAGGAGUCCGAGUCAAACCCCUCCCAGAGACACGCAGGAGUUCGAAGAGCGUCUAAAUGCCGGGCACGGGAUCUCGAACGCGCCAUCGUCCUCGGCACGUCGUCCUCGUCGGCGGUCUCUUCUUUCUGAUCCCCAAGAGGAUUCUGAAACCGCGCGGAAGCGAAGGAGACUUGGGCAAGACUAUCAGCUUCAAGGAGAUUUCUACCCUUCUCUUAAGGUCGACCACUACUCUCCACCAUCGAGGCGCACGCACUCCAACGAACGAGACAGGCCCUUCCCGGCCGUGAGACAGACGCGUAGCUCUCGGCCGUCCACGGAAGCACCGCAUCGCGACGUCUUUGAAUGUCAAGAUACUUCGCAGAAAGUAUGGAGUCAGCCAAGUAUGGUUGAGUCGACACCGCAGUCUCCUAGCCGGCGAAUCAAUCGGUGCCAGAAACGUAUCGCCGAGUCGCGUCGCCCAUCAGCAGUGCUGAAAGACGGAGAGCGCUCAAAGAAGGAUCGUCGGCAGCCUGAGAACUAUGGACGUCUUUCUCCGCCGCCACUGUUUCCCAUCGGCCGUAAGUCUGUCCAGCCGCCAGUCAGAAAGGAUGGCAGAAAGUCCGAGGAUUACGGACGUCUUUCGCCGCCGCCGCCGUCACUUUCUCCAAUGCGUCGCAGCGUCCAGGGGGAUUCCGACCAGCGCAAUGGUGACCGACGCCAGUCCGAAGAUUAUGGUCGGCUCACUCCCCCGCCACUCAUCAAAACCCGUCCCGACGUUGAGUACGAUGAGAUGGCUAUCAAGCGAGAGUUGCAACAAGAAGCUUACUACGCUGCACUGGACGGCAACUGGUCAUCGAUUGAAUUGAUUAGUGUGCAUGGACAUCAAAUCAAGGAAGACGAACUAUGA